AUGGCAAAUCUGAUUAAUUGUGCUAAUGGAUACGUUUGUUUUGAAGGGUUAGUGGAAUUCUUAAUGAGCUUAUUUUAUUUAUUUUAUUUAAUAAUUAGCUACAGAAUACUUACCAGAGAUAAAAGUGGAGUUUUGGUUGACGUUGAUAAGUAUUUGUGUUCGGCUGCUUUGGCUCAAACACUUCUGCAAACUGUUUAUUUUUUGUAUUUUGGUAACAAGUUAUAACCUAUUAGUCGUAAAGAUAAUGAUAUUUUAUUAUCAACUAUCAGAUGUAUGGGAAUAGCCAUGUAAAUAAUGAUUUGCAAUAUUUUGGGUUCUGUUAUAGCUGACGAAGAAUAAACACCUCAAGUAUGGUAACUGGCUCGAGGUUUGCUUGUAGUCACCCUACUUUUAUGGGUUUGGUUUGGAAUAUUUCAUAGAGGUGCAUUAGACUAUGAUUGCGUUUAAGUCGAUUAUCUAAUUCUUUCUGGUUUUGGAUUAUUUUUGGCUUGUGGAUCAUUUUAUAUGGGAAACUUGGCAUUGGAAGGCAUGUAGGAAUAUAAAAAUACAUUGGAUGUUGCAAGAUCUGGGGCCAUUUAAGUAUAAUAGCAUGCUUUACAAUAUAAAUAAGUGACCAUGAGAAUGACAUAAAUAACUUUAAUGCAUUAUUGUGGAUUACUCUAAUUUGGAAUGUAAUUUGCUUUUGAUUUAUUUACUUAUCUCAAAUGUGAUACUUCAAGUGGAUGCACUGAGUAUUAUAAUGCUACAUCAUUCCUGUCGGUUCUACUCUUAACUAUUUUCAAAUUGAUCUCAUUCACAACAAUACCUGCAACCAUUUUUUGGAUAUUUUAUGAAAUGAACAAAAAUAAAUUUUAAGAUGAUGAUUAAAAUGCAAUUGAAAUGAAGAUCACUUAAUGA